AGCGAAGCUAUAAUCCAAUCGGGCGCUGCUGCUCAUUAAUAUUAAGAAGAUCUCAUGAAUAUGUAUCACCCGAAUGGGCGUGGUGUCCAAUCAUAAUGAAGUAACGGGAGGCUAUGGAAAUGUCCCGGUUGCAUAUUCAUACGCAGUUAUCAUUCGUGUCUGUGCUUUCCUCGCUGCUGGGGCGGGUUGCCUGUCUUGCGUUGUUUUCACGCAGCGCAUUCAUUCAGUUGUAUUAGAGAUCUGUGCGUGUUUCAGGGAAGACAUAAUGUCGUCUUUGAUAAAGCCGUUCACAGUAAGCGAGGGACCCUGCAGUUUGAGACCGGGAUGCACACGCCCUACCGCGGCACUGGACCCGAAUCGGAUCCGGGGUUCGGUCCCAGCCGCCGCCGACAGACUGGCUGGUUCUGGCGGUUCGGUACCUGGGUUGGAUCCGAGGAGGAGAGCCUUGUCUGCAGCGGCUCCCGGGCGAGGGAAAGUAACUCACCCGGGCAAAGCUAUAUUAGCAGGUGGACUGGCCGGGGGUAUUGAGAUCUGUAUCACCUUCCCCACGGAGUACGUGAAAACUCAGCUCCAGCUCGACGAGAGAGCAAACCCGCCGCGCUACCGAGGGAUCGGUGACUGUGUGAAGCUGACUGUGCAGGACCAUGGGGUCCGGGGGCUGUACCGCGGCCUGAGCUCUCUGCUGUAUGGGUCCAUCCCCAAAUCAGCUGUGAGGUUCGGGAUGUUUGAGCUCCUCAGUAACCAGGCCCGGGAUGGCAGUGGGAAGCUGGAUAACACUCGCAGCCUGCUGUGUGGCCUGGGUGCUGGGGUGGCAGAGGCUGUGAUGGUGGUUUGUCCCAUGGAGACUGUCAAGGUGAAGUUCAUCCAUGACCAGUGCUCCUCCAACCCCAGAUACAGAGGGUUCUACCACGGCGUGCGGGAGAUCAUUCGAGACCAGGGGCUGCGUGGGACGUACCAGGGGCUGACAGCCACAGUGCUGAAGCAAGGAUCCAACCAGGCCAUUCGCUUCUACGUGAUGACGUCGUUUCGCAACUGGUACAAAGGUGACGACCCCCACAGAGAGAUGAACCCCUUCGUGACGGCCGUGUUUGGAGCCACCGCGGGGGCAGCCAGCGUCUUCGGAAACACCCCCCUCGAUGUCAUCAAGACCAGGAUGCAGGGUUUGGAGGCGCACCGGUAUAAGAGCACCCUGGACUGUGCUUACCAGAUCCUGCGCAACGAGGGACCCCAGGCGUUUUACAAGGGGACUGUCCCGCGGCUGGGCAGGGUGUGCCUGGACGUGGCCAUCGUUUUCGUCAUCUAUGAGGAGGUGGUGAAACUGCUCAACAAAGUCUGGAUAACUGACUGAGAGAGUCCAGCCAGGACACCUUAUCUGAGCCUUAAUGUCAUCUAACAGGACAACAAAUACCAAUGCCUGUGAAAAUAACAUCCCUGCCACGAGCAAGGACAGUGUGUGUUGCCUUGAACUCAAGUGGCAGUGGCCCCCAAAAUCAUGCUUGCUGCAGUAGUCUUAGCUUCAUAGGCCACUUAUCAUCAAGCGUUGCUGCGUGCCAAUACGCUUUCUCUUAAUUGUUAAGCGUUAAUUGUUAAACUGACUGUUUUUUUUUUUUAUUACUUGAAGUGAGGCUCAGAGUUUACAAUAAAACAAAGGUGGUUAAGUGGUU